AGAGCUUCGUGUGAAGCGGUAAGCUUAACUUUCGACUGGCUGCACGUAGGUCGUUACCGCGCGCCAGUUUCUUCUGUCAAUGGCGCUUGUAGCUCCUAAAGCUCUUCAGGGGCUAUACCUAUUUUGUGAACCUCUUGCCGAAGGAUCGUUUGGCGUACUGUAUGUUGCACUUCAUGCAGUUACACGGCAGAAGGUAGCAAUUAAAAUAUUAGAUAAACGGAAGCUUGGGUCUGACGCAUACCGAGUCAAGGGUGAGAUAGAGGCCCUCAAACAGCUAAACCACAAAUACAUAUACAAGUUGUAUCAGGUUGUGGAGACUCAGACACAUUACUACCUUAUUUUGGAGUAUCUUCCUGGUGGAGAGUUAUUUGAUUACAUACUUCAAAAGGAGCACUUGUCGGAGGUUGAAGCCCGUGUCAUAUUUAGACAGAUUGUUUCAGCCAUAGGAUAUAUUCAUAGCAGAGGUUUUGCUCAUCGUGACCUAAAACCAGAAAAUAUUUUGUUGGAUAAUGAUCAGAACGUCAGAAUAAUUGACUUCGGUUUAUGUGCAAAGGGACAUAAUCUCUCGAUGCUAAGCACAUUCUGUGGGUCGUUUGCUUACGUUGCUCCAGAAGUUUUAGCCAACAAGGAGUACUCAGGAAGUGCUGCAGACAUCUGGUCCCUGGGUGUUAUUCUGUACGCAUUACUUUGUGGUCGUCUACCAUUUGACCCCACAAAACCGGAAGAACUCCCACAAAUAAUUGGUAAAGGUUUAUUUGCAGUUCCUGAUGGCUUGAGCAAAACUAGUAAACAACUCCUCAAUCAAAUGAUAUGUGUCGAUCCCAAAAAGCGCAUAAAAAUGGAUGAACUCAGACGUCAUGCAUGGGUUGUUGAAGGUUUUAUGGGUCAUCCGGUGGAUCUGGAUGAAGAAAAGAUACCAUUGUCACCUCUCAACAUGCAAAUUGUUGCUGAAAUCACUGCAUACACUCGGAUUCCUAAAGUGGAGCUUGUUCGAAUGUUACAAAAGCGUCCGUAUGAUUAUAUUAUGGCCACUUAUAUGAUAAUGGAGUCAGUUUUGGAGGAGGAGGAUGUGUUUAUCCGACUUCAACGCCGCAGUAAUCUACCCCCCAGUUCAGUACCAUCCAAGAAGCUUCACACAUUCUCUUGUCGUCAAAUUCGAGAUGAGAAAUUCUCAAUUUCUGCUCCUAGUAGCACUCCACUCCACCGUGGAAAUCUGGCUGUCCCAUCAUCAGUAUCCGGAGCUCCAUUGCAUGUUAAGUCUGGCAACAUCAUGAAGGCUGCUUUUAUUGAUGAUGAUGAUUUGCUAACGGAAGUUGAUCAAAAUACCAAGCUCAAUUCAUCUUUUUCUCCAUCUAAGCAUGAUAUUUUUCCAACGCAAAAUAAACACAGGACUGGUCACACUAAAAGUGAAAUCGAAAAUUGUCCCCCUCAGUUCUCUUUCCCUGAUAUGGUUCCAAUAAACAAAAUGAUUCCCCAAUCUCGAGGUAAAGUAACAGAUCAUCCUGGUUUAUCUCCUAGUCGUUCUGUGGAUUCUCAGCUCAUAAAUUUGACGCAUGAUUUUCACAACGCACAACUAACUGAAAAGAGACGUCCUAUUUCGGUAACUGAGGCUACUAGUGAGGAUAAUUUAUCUGCUGCUUACUCAUCAUUGUCAUCCCAAUUACAGCAUGAAGUAGCAUCUCUCCAUUCAAGUCCUGGAGGCGUCGGGGAUGAUUUCUCACAAUCCCAAAGCUCAGCUGACGAAGGUGGGACUAGUUCAAGUCGUGUUCCUGAAGUUAGUAACUGGCGUAAUUUCGGGCGUUUACGAAAAGCUCUUACUCCAAAGAACGUUGUACCUGAUGGUCGACUUGUUGUAGAUCGGUUACGAAAAACACGUCAUUUAAACAAUGUAUUAAUUGUACGAAGCGAUAUGAGUCCCGGCCAAGUGUUUGAUCAAAUAACUGCUGCGUUGAAGCAACAGUCCAUACGCUUUACUCUCAAAGGGUCUGGUUUCCUAUGUGUUUUCGCCAAUGAUUGGGGGAAAACUGUAUUGUCAUUUGAACUGGAACUGGUUUAUGUAUCAUCCAGAGCAUUCGAAGCUUCAGUUCGUCGUCGAAUGACUUUAAGGUCAACGUCGCCCGCAGCCCCUAUAGUUUCUACCCAGUCAAGUGAAAGUUCAAACCAUCCCGCGAUGGCUACCAAUACAUCAACUUCUUCUAAAGGUUCCUCCCGUUUACCUUCGAAUUCUCGUGACCAGCACGAUCGAAUGCUUGGAAUAAAGAUGAAACGUAUUCGUGGUGACUCAUUCAUGUACACUAGCUUAUGUCGUACUAUUCUUGACUUAGCUGGAUUGCUACCAGAAAAUUAGAAUCAUUUUCACAAUAUUGACGGACUCGUCAAUCUAUUCCCCAAGCGUUUGUGAUAGAACAAUUAACAGAUAUAGAUAAAUUGCAUGUUAACUGAAUAAAUGCUAAUGAUUUCAUAGUUUUAUUUAUAGUGUAAUUAAUGUCUGUUUGAUGUGUGGGAAAAAGAAACUAUUCUGAU